CGCCCAGCAGGAAAUUUGGCCCACCCAGCAAAGAAAACGAGUCUUCCCCUCCGCUGCGGCCAAGUCCGCCCGCCCCUCCUCCUCAAACCUCCCUCUCCAGAAAUAUGAACAAAGAAGCACCGCUCUCAAUCGCGGAGCGCGACUUCAUCCUCGAUGCGCUGCGCGAGGACGUAAGAUUGGACGGCCGCGCGGCGGAUGAGUUGCGGCCGUUGAAGGUCACGUUCGGGGAGGAGUAUGGACAUGUCAAGGUGCAGCUUGGUCGGACGAGCCUAGUAACUCGCAUCUCCGCUGAAGUAACGAAACCGCACGAUGACCGUCCGUUCGACGGCCUAUUCACAAUCGCGAUGGAGCUUACUGCCAUGGGGUCGCCGGCGUGGGAUAACGGACGACAAGGCGACCUCGAAACCUACGUAACUAACGUCCUGGACCGAGUCAUCCGCCACUCCAACGCGCUGGACACCGAAUCGCUGUGUAUUGUCAAGGGCGUCAGCUGCUGGAGCGUGCGCGCGGACGUGCACAUCACCGACUAUGACGGCAACCUGAUCGAUGCGGCCUGCAUGGGCAUCAUGGCCGGGCUGCAGCACUUCCGGCGGCCCGACGCGGUCGUCAAGGACGGCCAGGUCAUUGUGUACGGGCUGGACGAGCGCGUGCCUGUCGCGCUGAACAUCACGCACAAGCCGCUCGCCGUCACGUUCCACUCCUUCGACGAGGGCAAGCGUGUCAUCCUCGACGCCACCCGCAAGGAGGAGCAGGCCGCCGAGGCGGACGUCGUGUUCGGCCUCAACAACGCCGGCGACCUCUGCUUCAUGUCCAAGUUCUCCGGCUCACCGGUUGAUGCUAUGGUCUUUGUCAAUAAGACCUCCGUCGCUCUGGACAAGGUCAAGGAGAUCAAUGGUAUUAUUGACAAGGCGCUGCAGGCGGAUUUGGCGAAGAGGGCGAAGAAGGGCAUGGCGGAGGAGUCGCGCGCGGAAAACGAUCGGUGAUUUGCGGUUCUAUUAAUUUUUUCGUGUUUCUCUCUGCUAUGGAAUAGAGAUGGCAAGCAUGGUACCUGGAGUCUAAUGGUUUUUAAAAGACGAGCAAUCAGAUUUGAUUUGAAUGGGC